UAUUUAAUUGUGUAAAUCGCCACAUGAGCAGCCAUCUUAAAUUAUUUCGUGAGUUUGACAAUUGUUUUCGAAAGCCGGUUGAUACGAUUUUUACGACGACAGCAAAGUUCACGGAUUAACGUACAUCAUGAAUGUGCUGUCGUCAAUAAUGCCGACGCCUAAGCGUCUGCGUGACCUGAUACGAGAGAUCAGGUCAGCAAGGACGCAGGCGGAGGAGAGGGCCGUGGUGCAGAAGGAGUGUGCACAGAUCCGAGACAGCUUUCGAGAGACUGACAACACAUACCGGUGCAGAAAUGUCGCAAAGUUGCUAUACAUUCACAUGCUUGGCUAUCCUGCUCAUUUUGGACAGUUGGAAUGUCUCAAGUUGAUAGCGGCACCAAAGUUCACAGACAAGAGGAUCGGUUACCUAGGAGCUAUGUUGUUGCUGGAUGAACGACAAGAUAUUCAUCUUCUGGUGACCAACUCUCUGAAAAAUGAUCUGGGUCAUCAGACGCAGUACAUCGUGAGCCUGGCCCUGUGCACCCUUGGCUCAAUAUGUUCGGCCGAGAUGAGUCGAGACUUGGCGGGCGAGGUGGAGAAGUGUAUCAAGUCUUCAAAUGCCUACAUUAAAAAGAAGGCAAUACUGUGUGCGUAUCGAAUCAUAAAGAAGGUACCUGACCUCAUGGAGAUGUACAUUCCUUCCACACGGGCUCUGCUCAAUGAGAAAAACCAUGGUGUCUUGCUGACUGCGGUGUGUCUGAUCACAGAGAUGUGUGAGAAGAGCCCAGAUACUCUCACCCACUUUAGGAAGACUGUCCCACCCGGUUCUGACAAUCAUUUUAAGACUGUUCCCCAGCUGGUGAGAAUACUAAAGAACCUGAUCAUGUCUGGCUACUCGCCUGAACACGACGUGUCUGGAGUCAGCGACCCAUUCCUACAGGUGAAGAUCUUGCGACUGCUGAGGAUUCUGGGUAAGAACGAUGCGGAGUCCAGUGAGACGAUGAACGACAUUCUUGCCCAGGUGGCAACAAAUACAGAUACCAGUAAAAACGUUGGACAUUCCAUUCUCUAUGAGAUUGUAUUGACCAUCAUGGGAAUAAAAUCUGAAUCAGGGCUUAGAGUACUAGCUGUAAAUAUAUUGGGGCGAUUUCUGUUGAAUAACGAUAAAAAUAUAAGGUAUGUAGCUUUAAACACCCUGCUACGAGUUGUGAAUGCGGACUACAAUGCAGUACAGCGCCACCGUACAACGAUUGUGGACUGCCUCAAAGAUACAGACAUAUCUAUCAGAAGACGUGCGAUGGAGCUUUCAUUUGCGCUUGUGAACACAAACAACAUCCGAGCGAUGAUGAAGGAACUUCUCACAUUCCUCGAGAACUGUGACCCAGAAUUCAAGUCUGACACCUGCUCCAAAAUCGUCAUGGCAACUGAAAAAUACUCUCCCAAUAAACGUUGGCAUGUUGACACUGUGAUGCGAGUAAUGAGAAUUGCAGGCAACUACGUGCACAAUGACAUCGUGUCCAUCGUGAUCCAGCUGAUAGCCAGCACAGGUCAGCUGCACUCCUACACCGUGCGACAGCUGUUCUUCUCACUGAAGGAGGACAACUCCCAGCAGCCUCUAAGCCAGGUGGCGGCCUGGUGCAUCGGAGAGUAUGGUGAGCAGCUGCUGGUUCCCACUAACGAGGAGGACGAGUUGGGACCGGUGACUGAAGAGGACGUGGUGCGAGUUUUACAGAAGUGUCUGGAGAACAACAACUCCACGUCAGUUACCAAGGAGUACUGCAUAACGGCCCUCAUGAAACUCAGCACGAGAUUCACACACACUAAAGAUGCCAUUCUCACUGUGACCUCACGCUACAGUAGCAGUACACAGACUGAGUUGCAGCAGAGAGCAGUGGAGUACACCACUAUAUUCAGAAAAUAUGACCACAUGAGGUCAGCGCUACUGGAGCCAAUGCCACUGAUGCAGAAGAGUCGCUCCACGGCAGUUCUGGAGGAGUCAGCUAAUGGCACCACUGAGCUGCUGGACACUGUGGAAAAACUCAACACAGAAAACAUCAAGUCUCCCACAAGCACUCAAACAGAGAGCCAGAACAUAUUAGACCUCCUAGGGGACAUGGGAGGUCUUACUGUUAUACCAAACCAGACUCCUAUAGCACCAGCCAAGAACGAGCCUGUAGACCUUCUAUCUCUUUUAGAUGAUGUUGCAGUCUUAAAUAACACUGGUAUCUCUAAGCCCCCUGUGCCUGUAGGGAGUGGGGAUCUGCUGGGAGGAUUGCUUGGAUCCUCCACCUCCAUCAUGAAUGGCAACUCAAACGUAUCUGCGCCUAUGAUGGCAUUCAACAAGAAUGGUUUGAUGAUAGAGUUCCGCUGUGAGCGGGACAACAACUCUCCGACAUCCAGCCUGAUCAACGUGAAGGCUUCAAACGCCUCGCCAUCGCAGAUGGAAGACUUUGUGUUCCAGGCAGCUGUGCCAAAAUCAUUCCAGCUGCAAUUGCAGCCUCCUAGUGGUACCAGUCUACCGCCCCUCAACAGUGGCACAGUCACGCAGGUUAUCAAGAUCAAUAAUGCACAAAAGCAACCAAUACGGAUGCGUUUAAAAUUGUCUUAUUCUCAAAAUGGGAACACAGUGACCGAAAUGGGUGAGGUGAAUUCAUUCCCGCAGGAGUUAUGGAAAUAAUACAAAGCCCUGCCUAGUUUCCUUUAGCCAAUUUAUAUUGUGAAAAGAUAAACAAAGAAAACCCCAGCUAUCAAUGUGGUGUAUCAGAGAAUUGUUCAUCUUGGUGGCCAAGUUGCAGCUUCGAGUAUGGAAGAAAAAUGCAAAGCUGCCUUCUGUGAAAUUCUGUGCUUGAGUGUUGUUGUUAUGUCAUUUUCCUGUUAAUUGAAUUAGAACAGAAAUGUUUUGUUUUUCUGGUAAAACCAAAGUUUGUAAUCAAUGAAAUGCGCAUCAAUGUACUAUUUGCAUAAAUUAUAAAUGAGAGAAUUAUAAUAAUGUUAAGUCAGGUUUGUUGUUGUUAAAUGUUAAUCCAGAAAAAUGUUCUUGAAUGAUGUCGGAAUAAAAAUAUGUUAAUAUCAAUGGUUUUGUUGAAGUUAACUGAAAGUUUGUACAUAGAUAGCAUGAGUCAUAAGUUAUUUAGUGUUAAAUAUUGAACUGCCAAUUUUAAAACGUUUCUGUUAUCAGAACUUUACAUUUGAACUAUUCAGCCCAAGAUUGUUAUGUUUGCACAAUUACCAAUUAGUUUGACCUUUUUUGGGGUAUUAUGCCACUUUUUGUCAAAGGCAAUACAUCAACUAUCACAGUUUAGCCUUAUUUGUUAACAAAUCUUUGAUAUGACAUAACCUGGCCUUUGUUUUUGUAACACAUUCUCUUUUAUUCUUUUCUUGGUCUCAAUCAUUAGGUUUAUAUUGUUAUCUUAUUUAACUAGUGUUUGUAGCAAAUUGUAAUAAAUUCAUUGUGUUUGUUCCUUCAAACAUCUAUGCCCAUACCCCAAGCCCCUGAAGGAGUUAAGUGCGUUAAUUUCUAAUAUGUUUAAAGGGACUUGUUCACAGAUUUUCCUUUUAAAAAAUGCAAUUGAUUUAAUAAAGUAUUAACUACUUGAACUCUUCUUACUUUGAAUAGUUUAGAAUAAUAAUUGUAAAACUGAAAACAAUAAAAUAGAAAAAUGUGGGUGACCAGAGAUACGAAUCAGGGACUUCUAUAAGCAUAUCACAACGCUCUACUACUUUUCACCAGGCAGGUUUGGAAUUUAGUUGAUAUUCUUGAUGCUUUUUCAGAAAUACAUCUUUUUGCUAAAUUAACAAUGAAAAGCAUUCCAAAUGCUUUCCAUUUUUUUGUCCUUUCCAUUCGUUGAUUAUCAAUAAAGAGACUAACAUUUUUUCUUAGUAAGAAAUGUUAUUGUGUUUUCUUGAAUAAAAUGCAUUAUUCUUUGUUGAAUCUAUGACAGUUUUUUUAUGUCAUUUUUCGAAACUGUGAACAAUUCGUUUGAUGUACAGCUGUAAUUUCACAUAUUUGUUUUAUACUACUAAAUUUUGCUAUAAUGUUUCAUAUCUUACUAUUUUGUGUAAGAAAUAUUGAUAAGACAUGGAAACAAAUGUAUUUAUGUAUUUCCAAGUUAAGUCUCUUCAGUACACAGUUUGUACCCUUAAGUACAAAGUUAAGUCACUUGAGUACAAGGUUAAAUCACUUAAGAUCAAAAUCAAGUCACUAUAGAACAAAGUAAAGUCAAUUUAGGACAAGGUUUAGUCACUUAAGUACAAAGAAAAAGUCACUUAAGUACAAAGUUAAGUCACUUGAGCACAAAGUUAUGUCAUUCAGUAUGUGAAAAGUGUCUCUUGUUUUAUUAAUUAUUUCAAAUAAUUAAGUAUUUAUUUGUUGAAUAACGUAACUAACUUAAAGUGUGUAUACACUCCCUAUUUUGAAAGUGCUUCACAAGAAAAGUGUGAUUGUUCUAUUCGUCAGGCAUUCCAUUUAUUCAUUUUAGCUGUGCUGUAGAUGUGUAUUGAAAUUAUGCAUUUUAUGUCUUAAGUGCAAUUUCCUCAUUCAUAUAUUACAGGUAGGAUAGUAAAAUCUAUGAGCGCUAUGUUAAGAAAGUAUAAAUGCAGUACUUGCGAUGGCUUAAAAUGAUGAAUAUUGGUAUUCCACUUUUUUUUUGGGGGGGGGGGGGGCUAGUUUUAAGAGUCCUUAAGAGCUAAGGUAUAAAUGUUUAUACUUUUGUUAAAUUUAAAGUUAUGCUUAAAACUGCAUGUUUCAAGAUUAAAUUAAAUGCACAGAAUCUGAGCGAAUUUCUCACACAUAAUAUAAUAUAAUAAUAUAUGGAAUACAAUGUUUAAAUAAAGUGUUAUUCUUAAAAUCUGGAAGUUGCAACCUGCAUUUCUGAGGAACAAACUCUAAUUUGACUCAAACGUUCUACUCCUAAUAUUUCCUAACAAAACUGCCGCAUUGGAUCAUAACUGUUUGAACACAAGUUUUCUGAGCUUAAACAUUUAAUACCUAAAUAUUAAGUGAAAUCUAUCUUCUUUGAUUGGAACUAUAUUCGCAAAAGUUCUCAAGUUGCUAUAGUUCUUUAAUCCUGGGAUGUCAUACCCUUCAUAGAAUAUAAUUCUCAAAUUAUAACAAUUGAGGCAAUGAAAUCAUUCAUCUGCAUGCUGAGCUCUGCAGAUAUUUAAUUUUGUAUGAUUUUAAUACUAGUGAAAAUGAUAUGAUGAAAUGUGAGGAUUGUCAACCCAGUUAUGUCUAGCGUCUAGAAAAAAGGCCUUGACAAACAGCGUAGACCCAGAUGAGACGCCGCAUGAUGCGGUGUCUCAUCUGGGUCUGCGCUGUUUGCUUAAAGGAAUUUCUGAAGAAAUAUUCUAAAUAUAGAAAUAAAUAUACUAGACAUCCCUAAUUUUGGAAAUAAAUUGAUCCAAUUUAGAAGGAUAGGAGAUCCACUAGGCAUAAAUGGGUUAAUGUGUUGUGUAUGGAACGUAUCUAAAUGACAUUGUAUACCUGAUGAAUUUGUACAAUGUACCUGAUAUGAACAGCACUGGUAGAUAGUUAAAGAUAAUUGUUUAAGGUAUUAGAAUGCUAAGAAUUGGUCAAGAUAUUAGAAUGUUUAUGAUAGUUAAAAUGGCAAGUUUUAUGUCAUUACUUGAAACAAAACACUGAAACUACUGUUCAAGUGUUAUCUUGAUCAUCAAAGCAUUACAUAGUUUUUUUAAGUUAUAGAUACAUAUACAUCUUCUUGUUCUAUUUAAGUUUAUAUUUGUACAGUAUAUCCCUCUGAUUAUCCAAAAUAAUUUGGAAUGUGUGUAAGAUGUGAAGUUGACUUAACAUGUAUAUUGUGUCGUGAAAUACAGAAGACUUUUUGUUAAAACUAUUAUUAGGUUGUGGAAUGUGGAAUAAAAGUAACGCGAGAAUACUUUAACUUAUACUAAAUCUUAAUGUCUUUCAUGCAACAUUACAUUUUGAGUACUCUUCUGAAUAUUAACAAAUUACUUGUGUAAACAAUUUGUUAUAAAUGUUACUGCAAAAGGCAAUUGUCUAGAUUUGAGGGGCACAAUCAGCAAGUGUCAAUAUCUUCAAUCUGCCAAUCAGUUGGUCACUUCAUUAAAAUAUGCAAAGCAUAGAAUAAAACACAUUCCAAGUAUGAAUUUGUUUGUGCCCCAACAGAGAAAGAGGCAUUAAGAAUUGUACAAGUCUGUCGGUACAUAUGCCCCAAAACUGGAGUUUUAACCAUUUCCCACUCAGAAGCAAAGUGAAAAUGGCUCUAUGCAAACAUCAUAAAAACCAGAACAGUCUGCGAGUAACUUGAAGUCUGUUCAGGUUUUAUGCCUUUUGCUGCUGAUCAGUAUCUAAGGGUUGGAAACGAAGCCUUUAAAACUUCAUUCUUACUAAGUAAGAAAGGUUUUUAAUUUAAUUUAAGUUUCUUAGGGACCACACAUGCGUCAAAAUAAUAGUGCUAUAGGGUACUCUCAAACUUUUCAAGCUGAUUAAUCUUAAUAUGUAGAUGAUAAUGAAGAAAGUAAUGUUGGAUGUGUUGAUUUUAAGCAGAAUUAUGGCUCUGUCUGUUUUUCAUCAAUAGAAUAAAUAGUUUCAAAAGUUAGAGUUUACAACUCCUCCAUAAAUACUGUGUUAAUUUUGCUCAAAUUUCACAAUUGAAUGAGGUGCAGAUUAUCAUAAAGAAAGGAAUGUUGAGAUGAGUUAUGGCAGGAUUAGGGUGCUCUGUCUCUUUCUAUUAAAUAUUAUAUUGUUAAAAAAGUUUGUUUUUCAAUCCUCUUUAACUACCAGUUUAAACUUUGCUCAAACUUGCACAAGUGAAUGACCUUAAUGUGUAGAUUAUUGUGAAGAAUGAAAUAGUGACUGUGACCAGUUUUGGCUGAUUUAUGGCCCAUUGUCUCUUAACCCUUUGCAUGCUGGGAAAUUUGUUGUAUGCUAAAAUGUCGUCUGCUGAAUUUCUAAAAUUAGCAUUUUCUUCGAUUUUUUUCAAAUACACUAUUAGAAUAGCAAACAGUGUGGAUCCUGAUGAGACGCCACGUUCUGUGGCGUCUCAUCUGGAUCCAAACUGUUUGCAAAGGCGUUCAAAAUUCGGUUCCAGCUCUGAAAGAGUUAAUUAUGAAGAAUACAUAGUGGCUCUGUCUGUGUUCAAACAUGUGUUGUUGGGGCAUUAGUGACGGAGACACAUGACUAGUUUUCAACAGUAACAGAGGGGGUAAUCACAUGACAGACAAGGUGGGGAUGUUCAUGCAGAGACAGGUAUGUUUGUUUUUUCAAUGUUUUAUACCAUUCAUUUCUUUAAUAUUUUUUUUUAAUGCCGCUCACUUUUGAGUCAUAUCAGCAAGAAAGUUGUUUGCUUUUAUUUCAUAUUAAUAUUCGCUCUAUAGUUCGACUGUACUCUCUUUGAAAUAUCUUAGUGGGGUAGACCUAAUUACAGCUCCACUAAAACAAUUUGCAGAGAGUUAAGUUGAGAUAUAAUGGGAAUUUGAAUACCAAAUAGACACUAAUCACUUUCUUGCUGAUAUGGCUGGAAAGUAAGCUGCAUUUAAACAAUCAGUACAAGUAAAUAAGGGUGAAAAAUACCUGUAUUGGCAUGGACAUCGCCAUCUUGUUUGGUCACGUUAUUACUGCAUUUGAGUAACUAGCAAUUGUCUUUUAUAAAAAAUCAGUUUUCUACACCUAUUCAAAUUGAUUCUAAAUGCAAGUCUUUGAUUUUUUUCCCCAUACCAUAUGUCUUAGUUUUUUGAGACAUGUUUUGUUAUUAUUGCUAUUAAAUGGCAUACAAUAUUCAAUGGGGUAUAUAAUUGAUUAUCUGUACUGUGUUGUAUCCAUCCAUGUUAACCUGACUGCAUAUGUGUUGUUUGUAUAGUGCUUCAAUUUGCAUGCUCCAAUGAUAAAAAUAUCAAAUAAAUUGCAUUAAAACUGUUUUACUUAUGUACUUCUAUUAUUAAUUAUUAUAUUUAUGAUUUUUCCUGUUGUGUACAUGCAUUAUAUUAAGAGCAAAAUCGCAAUGGGAUGUAAUAAAUUGUAAAAACUG